AUGACUGCAAGGUUGACAGAAGGAAUUACGUUGCCAUCAACUGAGUUUGAGAAAGCUAUCAGUGAGGGAGAAGAUGUCAACCGGACUCUAGAAGGUGGAAGGAAGCCUCUUCAUUAUGCGGCAGAUUGUGGGCAGCUUGAAAUCCUGGAGUUUCUGCUGCUGAAAGGAGCAGAUAUUAAUGCUCCAGAUAAACAUCAUAUUACUCCCCUUCUGUCUGCUGUCUAUGAAGGUCACGUUUCCUGUGUGAAAUUGCUUCUGUCGAAGGGUGCUGAUAAGACUGUGAAAGGCCCAGAUGGACUAACUGCUUUUGAAGCCACUGACAACCAGGCAAUCAAAGCCCUACUUCAGUGAUGGAUGGAUGGGCUGACAGCUCUGGAAGAAUGACUCUCCUGUGGCCUCACACUGCUGCCUGUCUGUCUGUCACUCUCUAUCUGCCAGCUUCUUCAGCUAAAUACUUUAGGAGGGGUGAGGGGAGAGAGAAAUUCAUAACAAAUCAGACUACCAGAAAACAAAAACAAAAACAAAAACCAAUGUUUUGGAGGAGAGGCAAAAACUACAAUCAGGCUUUUACAAAGCCUCCUGAUCAAGUCAGCCUCUUUUCCAUUUCCAAAAAUACACAGAUUAUACCCAAGGGAGAGCAAAGACACAUACGGUAACAUUUGACCUUCUCAGCUCCCUAGCUAAUUCAUUAAUUAGAUUGUGUUGAGGGUCUGAUUAUACAAAGGCCAACUCUACAUAAUCGGUAGCCCUAACUGUGUGAGCAGUAGUGGCUGCUGUGAUGUAAACUUAGGGUGCUGAGAUAAGCAAUUAGCUCUAGCCUUCUGCCUUAAGGUGCACUCUGGGGAAUCUCCUGGUGUAGUGAAGAUCGCUGCCUGUGGUUGGUGACCAAAUCUUGCCUCAGUGACUUUCCGCCUUUACGCGAAAGCUCAGUGAAGGUGAGAUGGGGCACACCUAAAUUGCUAGAUGCCUGAACUUUGGAUUUCCUCUCCCCUUUCACAUGGAUUUCAUGUAUCUUUAGGUAAAACUGACUAGUUUUAUUUAUAAAAUCUUAAAUUUUGGAAGUCUAUAGGAGAAACCAUUCCAGUAUGCAUAAAUUUUUCUCCUCUAGAUUCAAAUACUUAUAUAACAUUGAAACACUUUUAAACUUUGCUGGUAGUAAAAGGGGAUGUAAAACUAGAAUCAUAGCCAUAAGCCUGUUAGUAUCAUACAAAGAGAGAACAGUUGUCUUCGUACCUAUAGUUUUCUUCAUUUGCUAUUUGAAUGGAUUGGCCCCGGUUAUGUGUGGAGAACAAGGAACAUUGUUGGAAUGUCUCUUUGACCCAUCUUGAAUGCUGAUUACUUAUUGCACCAAAGCUAUCACUGGGGUGAGAUUUACUAUUUGGACAAAUUUAACCCCCAUCUCUUCAAAAAUAUGCUUGUUACCAGGUUCCCCAACUGUUGAUAAACUUCUGCUGAACAUAGGCCAGCCCACCUGCACAGUAUAUUUUUUAUUCUUUUCUAAAUCAUGCAUCAUAUAAAGUGUGACACUUUCAAGAUGUACUCUGUGCCCUUAAAUACAGCCCUAAAAUAAUUAUGACCUGCAGAAAAUGUUUAGACACAUUUUCAAAUGUUUAUUUCUUGAGCAGUAUGACUAAUUAGAGCAUAUACUCUUAAAUUUUGCUGUUGUGCAUUUAAAAUACUAAGAUUCCUUUGACCUGCCACCCAUUUAAGCUUUCUAAAAAUAUUAAGAUUUUUCCUUAGCCAUGUCAUGCAAUAACUAAAUGUACCUCAAAUUUUUAAAAACGGGGGGUUAGGGACUAGUAUUCAGAUUGUGGAUAAUAAAGAGUUAUGGAUGGUU